CCUCUUUGCUUUUCUGAGUUUUCUCGAUCUAUCUGUUUAAAAGCAAUAUUGCUUUAUUGUUUUGGCUGAGCUUAUUGGGUUUUCAUUGAGGAUGCUAAUUGGGUCUACAAGUCUAAAUAUUGGGUUGUUUGCAUAUUGGUGUAAUGUUGAAUUGUGUAUUUUUCAGGAACCAUGAGCAGCGGAGGAACACCUCCUAUUAGUUCUAGUGCCGGGUCUGUUAACGCCGGUGCUAGUAGUGGAUCUGCUGAUCCUGAAAAUGAGACCAUUGAUGAUAAAGCACCAUUGUGGAAAUUUGUGAAGAAGAUUGAAAAAAUGGCAGGUGGAGGAAGUUGGAGGUGGCGGUGCUGUUUUUGCAAAUUGCACUACAACGGGUCUUAUACUAGAGUUCGUGGUCAUUUGUUGAAAGAAGGAAUAGCGGGGAUAGCAGUUUGCAACAAGGUUACUCUUCAUGCAUUUACUCAAAUGUCCAAGUUGGUGAGAGAAUGCAAGGAGAGACUAAUGAAUGCAGCUCCUAGACAAGUUCCUCUACCAUCAUCAGGACAGCAAGGGGGGAGUUCCGGCACAAGUAGCUAUGGGAUGAGUUAUCAUGCCUAUACACAAGCACAAACAGCAAGUGAUGGUGGAAAGAAGAGGAAAACAGCUGCUGGUUCAGUAGAAAAGGCCUUCCAAAACUCAGCUAGGGAGCAAUGCGAUAGUGAGGUUGCAAGGAUGUACUACACCGGUGGCUUAUCUUUCAACCUAGCUAGAAAUCCACACUAUCGGAACUCCUACAUUCGUGCUUCUACCCUUCCAGGCUACAUUCCACCAGGCUACAAUGCUCUAAGGACCACACUUCUUGCAAAAGAAAGGAAAAAUAUUGAGCAUCAUUUAGAGCCAAUCAAGAUUACAUGGAAAGACAAAGGUGUGAGUCUUUGUAGUGAUGGUUGGUCUGAUGCACAAAGAAGACCCUUGAUUAAUGUGAUAGCCACUUGUGAGAGUGGUCCGAUGAUGUUGAGGGCUAUAAACUGUGAGGGGGAAUUCAAGGAUCAUGCAUUGAUUGCAGACUUGAUUAUAGAUUCCAUCAAGGAAGUGGGUUGGGAAAAUGUUGUGCAAGUGAUUACCGAUAAUGCUCCUGUUUGUUCCAAGGCCGGUGCCUUGAUAGCAAGUAAGUAUCCUACUAUUUUUUGGACACCAUGUGUAGUGCAUACUUUGAAUCUUGCUGUUAAGAAUAUUUGCACACCUUCAUUAGUUGCAAGCAAUGCGGAUGUGUUUGAUGCAUGUUGUUGGAUACAGCCAGUUUCUGAGGAUGUUAUGUUUAUCAAGAACUUCAUUAUGAAUCAUGGAAUGAGAUUAGUGAUGUUAAUGACCAUUGCAAUUUGAAGUUGCUUUCGGUUGCUCCCACAAGGUUUGCAUCUACGUUAAUCAUGCUAAAGAGGUUUAGGCAAAUCAAAAAUGGUUUGCAACAGAUGGUCAUCAGUCCAAAGUGGGAUGAUUACAAAGAAGAUGAUGUUAGGAAGGCAGCUUCUGUGAAAGAGAAAUUAUUAGAUGAGUUGCUGUGAGAUGACAUUGAUUACAUCAUUUCUUUUACUGAGCCUAUCUAUGAGAUGAUUAGGAGAGCAGACACUGAUAGGCCUUCUCUUCAUUUGGUGUAUGAAUGGUGGGAUAGUAUGAUUGAGCAAGUGAAGAAAGCUAUCUAUAGGAAAGAAAGGAAGCAACCUCAUCAAGAGUCUCCAUUUUGGGAUGCGGUGUAUAAGGUUCUAAUGGCUCGUUGGUCCAAGUGCAAUACUUCUCUCAAUUGCUUGGCACAUUCAUUGAAUCCGAAGUAUUAUAGUUCGGAAUGGCUUAGUGAAGAUACUAAUCGGGUUGCUCCUCACAAAGAUUUAGAGAUUACAAGGGAGAGGAAAAAUUGUAUCCUUAGAUACUUUGGCAAUGAAGAUGAUCG